CGGGCGGCACGGAGGAGAGGGUGCGAGCGAGUGAGGAGGGAGUGAGGGCAGGGACCAGGGACGGCUGGGUGCAGGACAGGUAGGGUAGCUGGUACCCCAGACCCAGCUCCGGCCCUGGCCUGACCAUUCUGGGCCCUGCAUCUCCCAGAGCCAGUGUUGACCCUGCUCAGCCCAGCUGGGGAGCAGGUCCUUGAGCCCCAAGGAGGGCUCUUGUCUGGGCCACUCGGUCCCCAGGUGCAGGCUGUCCUGCAGAUGGAGGCCAACAGCCUGACCCCCUUUGCACUGGGCUUACUGUUGCUACCUGUCCUGGCCACACUGCUGGCUGCACUCUGCGUGCGCUGCCGCGAGCUGCCAGCCUCCUAUGACACCGAUUCCGCAGACAGUUUGUAUCCAAGGAGCAUCCUGAUCAAGCCACCUAGUGAGUACAGAGGGUCCCCUGCCCUUCUCUCGUACCGGGUUCUUGACACACUUGCCCCCUGGUCGUCUGUGGCCUCACACCCACCCGUUAGUUCCUGUCUACCUCUGAGCCAGCCAGACCUGCUCCCCAUCCCGAGAUCCCCACAGCCCCUUGGCGGUUCCCAUCGGCUGCCAUCUUCCCAGCAGGAUUCGGAUGGUGCCAACAGUGUGGCGAGCUACGAGAACCAGGAGCCAGCAUGUGAGGAUGCAGACGAAGAUGAGGACGAAGAUGACUAUCCCGAGGGCUACCUAGUGGUGCUUCCUGACAGCACCCCAGCCACCAGCACCUCUGUUCCCUCAGCUCCUGUGACCAGCAACCCUGGCCUCCGAGACAGUGCCUUCUCCAUGGAGUUUGGUGAAGAUUACGUGAAUGUCCUCGAGAGUGAGGAGAGUGCAGAAGCGUCUCUGGAUGGCAGCCGGGAAUACGUGAAUGUGUCCCAGGAGCUGCAUCCGGGGACCAGGACUGAAGCUGCCGCUCUGAGCUCCCAGGAAGUGGAGGACGAGGAGGACGAGGAAGAUGGGGACGGGGAGGGGGAGGGGGCACCUGAUUAUGAGAACGUAUAGGAGCUGAGCCCAGGCUUGGUGAGUGGCCUCUGGCCCUGCCCUGCCCCGGGCCCCUGCCCUGCCCCGGUACCUGCCCUGCCCUGGGCCCCUGCCCUGCCCCGAGCCCCUGCCCUGCCUUGGCUGCUGGUCUGACCCUCCCUGAGGACCCCUUUCUGACAAACUCCAAUACUUAGGCCUGUGCUCUGUGGCUCUGGGUGCCCUCUGGGCCCCAUGGCUUCCUGACCGCUGCCCUGUUGCGUUUCAGCUAAGGCGAGGCCAUCCUAGAAGCAGCCUUGUGGGGAGGGCUGAGCGGGCGGCUGAGGUGACCUGGCCCCUCAGGCGCCAGCUCUGUCUCCAACCUGAUGACAGCCUGAGAACCUCCUAACUUAUUGUCACUUUGGGGUCCAGUCUGUGUCCCCGAUACUCUGCACCUUCUGACACCACCUGAGAAUGAACCUCCCUUUCCCAGCCCUACUCUGCCAUGGAAUAAAGGCCCCUGUGGUCUGGAGUCCUCUUGGCUUUGGUACCCAGGGCUGAGAGGGGGUGACGGUGGGGCUGGGUCCAAGGGCCUAUGUGUGUCUUCCUAUGUGUGUGUCACAUGCGCGCUGUGAGCGUGCAGGAGUGCAUGGGGUGUAUGUGCGUGUGAGUGGUGAGUGUGGGGGUGUUUGUGUACGUGGGGAGGUGUGCAUGUGAGUGUAUGGGGUAUGUGCGUGUGUGGGUGCUGUGUACAUGUGGGAGUGUGCACGUGUACAUGUGAGUAUGUGAGCAUGUGUGUGCACUACGUGCCUGUGCAUGUGAGCCUGUGGGUCAGAGGCCUUCUAGAAACCCAUGUGUCUGUCUGGGUCUCAUUCUGCCUUGGGGCUCCCGAUGGUCCUGGCCAGAUGCUGUGACAGCAGACAAUGGCUGGGACACUGACACCUUCCAAGUGAAGUUUCUGACCCCUGCUGUCAUUUCCGGGGCUCAAGAAGAAGCAGAAAGAAAGGCCCUUUCUUUGCAGUGCAGCCUAGUUUGAAUGCUGCUGGGCAGACAGCAAACGCCACACCGGCCACUCUGGCUGUGGUGCGGAUCUGAGCUGACGCAGUGGGGCCUAGCGGAGCCGGGGCUUUGUGUCUCCAGGAGCUCCUGCGCGGUUCCAGCACUGAUGCCGCGUGAACUUCACGUGGAUGGUGAGGGUGUGGUGGGUUCCGUUGCUUUCCCUUGCUCUGGGAGUCCCCUUGCUUUUCCUCCUGGAUCCUCUCCUCUCUGUGGGUCUGGAGGCUGCUGGACCAGCCUCCACCUCAUGAAGCCAGCCCACAGUCAGAAAUGCCUGGGACCAGCCAUCGUCCUUUCCCAGGCCAUGUGAUGGUGAGGCCUGGCACGUGGGCCACUGGGUCCUGGGAGCAGAUGGGAUUUAGACCGUUCACUCACAGCUGUCAUGAAGCUGGGAUGUGGUCCUGGAGAGUGAGCCAUGGGGACAGCAUGGCCCAGAGAAAACAGGGCCAGCUUCCUGGAUCUAAUCAUACGUGAGCAAGAUGAACCCCAAGACUCCCCAGUUAUGUGGCCAAUAAACUUCACCUUGUCUGCAACUGGGUUGACUUGUCUGUUGCUACAGCUGAAGUCACACUGAUAGAC